CGAGAGAGUAUCCGUCGUCGUCGUCUUCUUCUUUCUUCAUCCUUCGCUCGCCAUGAAGCUCGGCGAGGAGAGCACAAAGCUUCACGUUAAUCAUAUCCUUAACAAGAACCAGAAGAAGACGACGACGAAGAAGAAAGCAAAGAAACGAGGAGCAUCAUCCGCCAUAGCCAUCUCUCCAAUCUACCAUCACGAAACCCAAUAAUGAAUCUCAAUCCGCCUCCUGAGGAGAAUUACGCCAACCCGAGGACUUGCCUCUUUCAUGUUCUUUUCAAGGCUGCAUCGUUGGCAUUCUACAUAUUCUCUGCCCUCUUCAUCAACAACUACGUGAUCAUAUUCUUGGUCACUGUUCUUUUGGCGGCACUUGAUUUCUGGGUGGUCAAGAAUUUAGUGGCAGGAUUCUGGUCGGCCUAAGGUGGUGGAAUGAGAUAGACGACCUCGGCGAGAGCGUGUGGAGAUUCGAAUCCCUCGACCAAGAGGUCUGGUUGUACUGUAACUUCGAUCUCAAAGCACAUGUUCAUAUCACAUUUGCUCUACUUCUCUUCCAUUGAGGGUUUAUCUUGCUUGAGCGCGAUUCAAUGGUAGUUGUGAUUUCAUGAAUUCGUUUUUCGCUUUGGAUCAGUCGUUGGCUCGAAUGAACAAGAAAGAUGCAUGGCUAUUUUGGUGGACACUCUAUCUCACGGUAAGCCAGUAAGAAAAAUGGUGAAAAUCAAGCCAAUCGACAUUCUUACUAUUAGUCUACUACUGCUAGUAGAGCUUAUCGUUUUCGUACUCCGAUUCGUGCAAUGUAUGUAUAGGCAGUUUUGUGGGUGUUCCUUGGGAUCUUUUCUCUGAUAAGGUUCCAAGCUGAUUACUGCCUCAUCAUCGGUGUAUGCCUAACUCUCAGCGUUGCAAACAUCAUUGGUUUCAUCAAGUGCCGCAAAGGUGAAUACUUUACCACUACCUGCCAUAUCUGUCUUUGAAUGGUGAUAUAAGUUUCAGUUUGCUCCCUCUUAGGCUGUCCAUUCACUACUCAAAUGGAGGCACUCAUUGUCCACCUACCGAAGCUCUCUUCUUCAUCACUUGAUAACUAAAAAGUUCCUCCCUACAUCAGUUCAUCAUUUACCUUUUGUGCCGUGAUACCUGCAGUUUGGUCUAUGAAGAAUUGAAUUGUUUUCGCACUCUUAAUGAAAGUGAUGCAUGUACUGUUCUGUCCACUUCAGUAUUCAAAUGGAGAGACUCAUUGUUCACCUAUACCAAAGCUCUUUUUUUCAUCACUAUAUAACUAAUGAGUUUCUUGUCACAUCAGUGCAUCAUUUACCUUUUGUUGCAGCGGGAUCUGCAGUUUUUGUCAAUGAAGUAAAUUGCUUUUCGCACUCUUAAUGAAAGUGAUGGAUGCACUGUUCUGUUUCUGGAUUUGCAGAUGCGAAGAAGCACUUUCAGCAGUUUGCAACCCAGACUAUAGCAUCUCGAGUCUCGUCCACCAUUCAAUCUGCAUUCAGUGUUGUGUGAGAGAUGCUGUGAGCUGAGGGGGAAACUACAAUGCAGGGAGGAGCCAUAGGUAAAGAAAACCGUGGCCACAAUUUUGAGCAAGUAUUGUAGGGGCUAGAAAAAAGAAUUACCACACCAUUAGAUUGGUUUUUCUUUCUGUUUGUACUUUGUAUCAUCUUUUUUUUUUAUACAUGUAUUAGCUUGUGGCAUAAUGGAAAGUAAUGUUGGAAGCUGUGUUUUUUACUGAGGGAGUAAACUUUUUGUGGAACUGCUGAGGAGCUACCUUCCUUAUUUGAUUCCGCAAUACGUUCAACUAAUAUAAUAAAGAAUCAUCUAGGAGACUACGACCUAUUUCUAUCAAAUUUUUCAAUCAAAUUAUUCUGACUAGUAUGUCAAAAUUACUCAAAUUAUUUAUGAGGAUGAUCAUAGAGCAUUCUAAAUAGAUAUCAAGUAAGAGGAAGAAAAAUUGAAAUGGUUCGAGUAGUAUGAGUUGAAAUCAAAUCGACUAAUUUGUUCGGUUUAGAUCAAUAAUGCUAAUUAAAGUCC